CGUCAAGAGAUCUGGUGGAGGAAGGAGGCGGGGUAUCUCUGAUGCAGGGGGAGAGGACAAGAGGCCAGUUUAAAUAAAAAACAAACCAAAAGCCCCGAGGCUUUGGAGGGCUCUGGACUCUUGGGAAGUUUUCCUCCCAGAGAAGCUGAGCUUGCACCUUUUUGCUCCCUGGGGCUUCUUAAAGCGAUCCUGCGAGAGAGCUCGAUCUCUCUCUUGCACUUGUGAGCUGCAAUUCUUCCUGAUUUUUAGCCGAAAUUCUGAUCCGAGAAAUGCAGGCUUUGGCGCUCUGGCUGACCGUCGGUGCUCUCCAGCUGUUGGCAGCUGUCCAUGGGGGACCCCAACAACAACGCUUUGUCGCGCCGGACAUUGCCUGGUCCCUGAGCAAGGUACAAAACUUUGCGUGGGAAAACUGUGGCCCUCCAUCAGAACCUGCAAUGAUUAAGAGUCUGUCUGUAAGUCCUGAUCCAAUUGCUGUCCCUGGAGAUGUGACAGUUACUGCAUCAGGGGCCAGCACUAUAGUCCUCUCUGCUCCUCUAAAGGCAGUUGUCAUACUGGAGAAGAAGCUUGGAGAUAUAUGGAUAAAAGUACCUUGUGUGGAUGAUAUUGGGAGCUGCAUCUAUGAUGAUACUUGUGCUCUGCUGGACAGUUUCACCCCUCCAGGCGAGCCAUGUCCACAGCCAUUGCAAAGUUACGGCCUUCCAUGUCACUGCCCGUUCAAAGCGGGUACCUACAGCCUUCCUUCCUCUGAAUUCUUCAUACCCAACAUGGAUUUGCCUUCUUUCCUCACCAAUGGAGACUACAAGAUGAGAGUUGUGCUGAGCAACGGGGACCAAGAGAUGUCCUGCACCAAGCUAUCCUUCUCCUUGCAGUCAGAGAUUCGGAGGCUACACUGAGUCUUAGCAUCUUCCAGCUUUUUUCUGUCCUGUUAUGACUAACAUGAAGAAUUAUUUUGCAGCAUUUAAAGAGGAAGGGUUAUAGUUACUGUUUUUUGUGACACUUGUUAAUUACUGGGAGCACUGAUUGGAAAAUCCAAGGAAAGAAUGCUCCUUAUUAGAAAAAGAUGCCUACCCAUCUAAAACUCAUUAAGGACCAGGUUCUACAAAUUAUAGCAAUGGGAAUCUGCAUAGAUUAAGCAUAUGUUGCAGACGCACUGCCAGGUGCAAUGGGCCCAGCAUUGCAAGACUUCAUUGGAGGAUUUCCCUUAUUAGAUUGCCCUACAUUCCAGAAUCUUAAAUGGUAGAUAGAGGCCUCUUCAAGGCAUGAAGUAGUGGAAGUGCACUGAUGACAGGAUAAUCUGAGCCAGGUAUCAAAAAAACUGGAGAAAUUACAUUUUCUAUUUUGUGGAUGCUCCUUCAGUCUAGAUUUGGUUACCUCGCUGACAUUUUACAGAACCUAUAUGGAGUGGCUCUUUCAGUAUACCAGAAAUAAAUAUACACACACAUAUAUAUACACACACGUAUAUUUUAGGAAUGGAAAGUUUCUAAAUGAUGCCUUGUGCAAUUCAACCAGUCUUUUUUAUCCUGAGAUGAGUUUUUGCGAAUGAGGGAGCUAAGAAAAAUACUGAGAAAAUCAGGAUUGUUCCCAUUUAUUUUUUUUGCAGUUCAUUCCAUUUACACCCUCUUAUUUUAAGUGGUACAUUUUGUUAGCUAGCAUUAUCCACUGCAUAAAAGCGUGUGUCCUUGUCCUUUUGUUCAUAAACUUUAAUGUUUUCUUAGGGAGUUGAGUCACAGCAACCAUGAAAAGAAGCAUUUUUAAAAAAGUGAGCAGUUUCCACUUUUAUGUAAGAAUGCACCAAUUCUUCUUUUUAAGAAAACUAAGUGCUUGCAGAGGUAUUCCUGGGCAAAGCAGCACAUAUCCCUCUAACUGAGCAUUUCUCUCCUUGUUUGAAGAGAGAUUUUCUUGUUCCUAAGGAACCAACUGGCUCCACUUACUAACAAGUGUCUUAGAACCCAACUAUUAUUUUCUAACAUAUUGUACAUCCUAUGCAUUAAACAAAACUGAUCGUCUAAUUGGAGAACAAAUUAGUGACCCAGGAGAUAAUCAAAUAACUCAAGACAUCAAUUAAAUGUGAUAUUGUGCCAUAAUUUAAAUAAAUAUCCUGUUUCAGAAGAUUCACUCUCCAAACAAUGAUUGCCAAGUGAUUCUCUGAUGCAACUAGAGUGUAUUAUUGCUGUCUCAGUGAAGUAUGUUAAAAUUAGAAACAUUUUCUGAUCACAGCACUUGAGAAGUAUUAACAAUGAGCCGUCAUAAGCCUUUUUAUUAAUGGAAGGAAGCAUUGGUGUGCUGUUAUUUUGAGCAUUUGUUGCAAGAUCUGCUUCUUUUAUAUUGGGCUUGCUGCAGUUCUUAUAACCAACCUGACACACCAUGGAGUGAUGAGGGAUUCUACUUAUCGCUAGCUUGUUAGAGACAGAAGCUGUUUUGGACCAAGAAGGAAUUAUUUGAUUGAGGUUCCCUAGAUGGUUUUCACAUCUAAGCGAACAUUUCUACUCUGGCACCUUAGGUGGUAUACCAUACAAGCUCUCAGAAUGUCUUCUAGAUAUUUUGGACUACUAAAAAGUAAGUGCUCUAGAGAUGGACUUGACUCCUUAUAGUUGCCUAAAGGUUUCUAUGGUAUGUAAUUGAUUCCAGCAAUAAUAGAAAAGUAUAGUAGUGUGUCCUUGCAACUUUCUGGCGUUCUGUUUUACUUUCCAGUUCUGGGGAGUUUCCUUGGACAUCUACCAUCCAAGUGUAUUAGAUCUGAAACAGCUUAGCUUUUUGCAGUUAGCCAGAACCAGUUAGGUACAAUGCAGAUAAUCCCUGCCUCCUGACCAUGCUAGUUAGUGCUUAAGGUGCAUUCAUGCAAACAAUCCAGAAAAGAAUCCUUGCCCUUAUAGCUCUGGUUUAGGAAUUAGGCUUGGCAGGAGUUAUUGCUUGAUUUAAAAAUUACAGAAUCUUUCUCCCAAUUGGAAGGAAUAAUCUUGGAUGUAUUCUGUUGAUUUUUUUCACGUUGUCCUCUGAACAAUAAGAGGCUUAGCUUCUACACCUACAUUUCUGUGCAAUGUAUAUUUUGAUGCUAUUGCUUUUAACAACAUUAACAGAAAUCUGCCUCUCAAGUAUUAGGUUUCAUUGAAUUUUUGGUGUUGCCUGUAAUUUGAUGGCAUUCCACAGUUUAAAAGGAUAGGCUAAAAUGUCAUUCCAUUAAAAUAGUUUUGUAUUCUA